AUGCUCCGCAGAAGCCACAAGAAGUCUAGACAAGGUUGUGUAGAGUGCAAGCUGAGUCGUAAAAAGUGCGAUGAAUCUCGUCCAGCCUGUGUUAACUGCAGAACUGCUAAAAAGCAAUGUUCAUAUACACGCAAGACAAGUAGUCAAAGUCCUACCGAUACGGAAUUUAUUUCAUAUACUGGAUCCGAUGAAGGGUUAAGUAGAUAUCAAGAUACUAGUCUUAAUAUCACAUCUCGUGAUAGCAAUUCGAGUCCGCAACCUUGUGCCGAACCUUAUGUCAAUCUUCUCCAUUUGGAGCUGUUUCACAACUUACAUUCUAAUGUAGCUGAAUUUUUCAUAAAUGAGUCACCCGAUGCUAGGCAGGCUGCAAUCGAAACGAUGUUUCGGUAUAUCUUCUCGUAUUCUUACUUAAUGUACGAAAGCCUCGCCGUCGCCGCUUUGCGCCUCAGCCUCAAGCACCCCUCAAAAUCCACCCUCUACCUCACCGAAUCAACAACGCUACAAAGCCAAGCCCUAUCACUUUUUAAAUCCUCAACUGCCACCAUUACUCAAGAAAACCUCAUUCCCGCCUUCCUCUUCUCCGCCAUCCUUGGCCUCCAUUUCUUCUGCGAAAUCUUCACAGCCCCCAGCCCAGACCUCGACACCUUCCUCGACCGCCUAGUCCAGUCAAUCCGGCUCCUUCGGGGCGUCCGUGUCAUGAUGGGAGAUUCCUGGGAAACCAUCAAAAAAUCAGACAUUAGUGUCUUACUCCAAGCCCACGAAGGCCCAGUCCCAAACCGCAACGACGCCGUAACUCACGCCUUUUCAACCCUCCUCUCAAAAAUCUCCCACUCGCAAUCGCCAAGCCUCUCGGCCUUCGAAUCAAAAGUCUACAGCGAAGCCAUCGAAGGUCUGCUGUGGACCUAUAAUUCGGCGCCUCCAGACAGUGCUUUAGCGCUGGACGGGCCGCCGAGUUCGAGAAUUGUGACGACGUGGCCGAUUACUAUAAGUGCUCAGUAUACGGAGCUGCUUGAUGAGAGGAGGCCCGAGGCCUUGGUUGUUAUGGCAUAUUUUUCCAUUCUCUUGCAUGGGAGGAGGUCGUUUUGGGCCGUGGGGGAUGCGGGUAGAUAUUUGUUGGCCGCGGUUGAUGAGUAUCUUGGUGAGAGGUGGGCUGAGUGGCUGGCUGUUCCUAAGGAGAUGGUACUGCCACUGUAG